CUUGGACUUCAAGUAGUGGGUAUUCAGUUUUACAAUCCGCAGGAGAUUAUUUGAAUUCCAGAUCAUGACUGAGAAGGUCUUUGAUAUUGUGGUGGUUGGCUCCUGUAUGACUGACUUGGUGAGCAAGGCACCAAGGCUACCCAAAGCAGGGGAAACCAUCCAUGGUCACAAGUUCUUCAUCGGUUUUGGAGGAAAGGGGGCCAACCAGUGCAUACAGGCUGCCAGACUUGGAGUCAAAACUGCUAUGGUCUGCAAGGUUGGAAAAGACUUCUUUGGAGACAAUUACAUCCAGAAUUUCAAGGACAACGGCGUCCACACAGAAUUUGUGAAGCAGAGCUCUGAUGCAGUCACAGGAGCUGCCUCCAUCACUGUCGACGAUGCAGGUGAGAAUGCCAUUGUAAUUGUGGCCGGUGCCAACAUGCUGCUGGGUGCAGAGGAGCUACAGGAAGCUCUCCCAGCCAUCAGCCACACAAAAGUCCUGGUAUGCCAGCUGGAGAUCAGUCCACAGACGUCCCUGCAGGCGAUGUGCAUGGCUCGCGACAACAAAGUGAAGACAAUAUUCAACCCAGCGCCGGCCAUUCCUGACUUGGAUCCAGAUUUCUACAGAGUCUCCGACGUGUUUUGCUGUAAUGAGUCUGAGGCAGAGCUGCUCACCGGUACCUCGGUAGCCAGUGUGGAAGAGGCACAUCGGGCUGGUCAAAAGCUGUUGAAACGAGGCUGCGGGUCAGUUAUUGUCACCUUGGGGCCCCAAGGGUGCGUGGUGCUCAAGGGAGGGGAGCCUACAUUAAAACAUGUUCCAGCUCCUGAGGUCACAGCAGUGGACACAACAGGUGCUGGUGAUAGCUUCAUUGGAGCACUGGCAUUUUACAUGGCCAACCACCCACACAUGCCUCUGGAGGAGAUGGCCCGCAGAGCCAAUCUGGUGGCAGGGGUGAGCGUGCGGGAAAUCGGCACGCAGACGUCUUUUCCGUACAGACGGGACCUCCCAAAUGAAUACUUCCAAGAGUAGCAGUAGACCCUGAUGUUAAGGGACCACAUUCUGAAUGGGGUCAGAAAGACUCAACACUAAAUGUUCUUAUGAAAAUUUGCUGCUUAAGAUAUCUUAAAAUUGAUUACCAUUAAAGAUAAGUCAAUCAUUGAGAUUAUUUUAUUUGAAUUAACCACAACAAAUGUUUCACAAAGUACAUUCACCCAAUUAAAUAAUUAUUUUGAACCAAUGAACAGCUUCAGAUCAUGGCAGCGGUGGUCCCCUUACAUAACAUCACUUUUCUGGUUUCAAGUCUCUUUUGUUCAAGCCUGGAGUUCCACUUUUAUCCAUCCAGGAAGAUCCUCUGAUAAACACGUCAACCAGAUUAACCCGCUGUACCAUCCCCGGCAAUAAAAACGAUGCCUUUAAA